AAAAAAAACAACUCACCAUUACGCACCGAAUGUCUGCAGGAAUAAUUUUACUUUCCCACUCCUUUUUGAAUGGAUUUUAUUUUAUUAUUUGCUGAAGUAAAAAUCUUCCUGCUGGAAGACGAAAAGGAAAGGAGGUACAACCAGGAAUAAACAAAAACAGAAGGAGAUCGCGACAGUUUCCCUUCGAUCGGAUUCUUCCGUCACCCCGCGAAUGGAGGGAUGAAACCGGGAGGAAAAGACUGGGGAAAGAGAGAAAGAAUGAGGAGGGAGAAGAGGAGGAUGUAGUCGACGGGCGCUCUGAGAAUGCAAAGCGGACGCACCCUUCCGAAAGACCGGAUCGAAAUCAAAACCCAUACGGAAUAUUAACCUGAGGGAUUUUACGCACGACUGCCUUCACAUAUAUGGGGCGUAAUCUCGUUUUUUGGAACCUAUUCGUGUGGAGUUACAAGUACAGUCUGCACUAAUAUUCCAGUUAUGGGAUUUGAAAAGAUAACAGCGCUCUGAUACUCCGAUCGGGGAAGCAGCUUCCAAAAAAAGUGAGUGAAGGCGUCCAGAAGAUUUUUGACCCUCAUCCAUGAUGAUGUCGCCGCGAUAACAUGUGAAUUCUGAAGCAAAGUGGUAUCCACUAUUUCAUCUUUGAAGGUGUUGUGUCCAGGUUGGGUGGUUGCCAUGGAGAGGCUGUUGCUGUGUGUGAUGCUGGCAGUUGCCAUGGCAGUGAGGGCACAGAUCUGUCCGAAGCGCUGCAUAUGUCAAAACCUGUCACCAAACCUGGCAACACUUUGUGCCAAGAAAGGUCUACUGUUUGUCCCACCAAACAUCGACAGACACACGGUGGAACUUCGGCUCGGUGACAACUUUGUCACAAGUGUAAAGCGGAAGGAUUUUGCAAACAUGACACGCUUGGUGGAUCUAACCUUAUCCAGAAACACCAUCUCCUACAUCACACCUCAUGCCUUUGCUGAUCUGGAGAACCUCAGAGCACUACACCUCAACAGUAACCGGCUAACGAGGAUAGGCAAUGAUACAUUCAGCGGAAUGUCAAAGCUCCACCACCUGAUCCUGAACAACAAUCAACUGGUACUUAUUCACCAGGGAGCAUUCAAUGACCUGCUGGCACUGGAAGAACUGGACCUCAGUUACAACAACCUGGACUCAAUUCCAUGGGAGGCAAUCCAGAGAAUGACAAGCCUCCACACUUUAAGUUUAGACCACAACAUGUUGGACUUCAUUCCUGAGGGAACCUUUUCUCUUCUCCAGAAGCUCAACCGGCUGGAUGUCACCUCCAAUAAACUCCAAAAGCUACCACCAGAUCCUCUUUUUCAGCGAGCACAGGUCCUGGCUACAUCAGGCAUCAUGACUUCGUCUAUGUUUGCGCUGUCAUUUGGUGGAAACCCUCUUCACUGUAACUGUGAAUUAUUGUGGUUGCGGCGGCUGAACCGUGAAGAUGACCUGGAGACAUGUGCCACGCCCCAGCACCUCUCUGGACGAUACUUCUGGUCCAUCCCUGAGGAGGAGUUCCUCUGUGAACCUCCACUCAUCACCAGAUACUCACACGAGAUGAGGGUCCUUGAAGGGCAGCGAGUUGCACUCAGGUGUAAGGCAAGAGGUGACCCAGAACCAGCCAUUCAUUGGAUCUCUCCUGAGGGAAAGCUGGUAUCGAACUCCUCCAGAACUUUGGUGUACAACAAUGGCACACUAGACAUCCUGAUCAGUACUGUAAAAGACACCGGCUCAUUCACCUGCAUUUCAUCCAACCCUGCCGGUGAAGCCCACCAAACAGUAGACCUGGUUAUUAUAAAACUUCCCCAUAUCUCAAACAACACCAAUAACAUCCAGGAGCCCGACCCAGGAUCAUCAGACAUCUCCACCUCAACCCGAGGGGGAGCCAAUGGGAGCAACGUGACGGGUGAUGUUAAGGGUGGGGUGGAUAAGAGGGUGGUCACCGCUGAAGCUACAUCAUCUACAGCUCUGAUCAAGUUCAACUUCCAGAGGAAUAUUCCAGGCAUUAGAAUGUUCCAGAUUCAGUACAAUGGGAGCCAGGAUGACUCGCUCGUCUACAGAAUGAUCCCCCCAUCAAGUAAGAACUUCCUCGUCAACAACCUGGCGGCGGGAACCCAAUAUGACCUCUGUGUCCUCGCCAUCUAUGAUGACAUCAUUACCUCGCUGACAGCAACCCGUGUGGUCGGUUGCGUGCAGUUCACAACAGAGUCCGAGUACAUGCGGUGUCAUUUCAUGCAGUCUCAGUUCCUUGGAGGGACAAUGAUCAUUAUCAUUGGAGGAAUUAUAGUGGCCUCAGUACUUGUUUUCAUCAUCAUACUAAUGAUACGGUAUAAGGUGUGUAACCCUGGCAAUGGCGGUAAAGGCAUUUCAAUGUCAGUGACAAAUGUUCACUCACAGACCAACGGGCAGCAGUCGCAGGGAUGUACAGUGACUCCUAGCGCCUCUAAACAUGGUGCAAUUGGAUUAGAGGACCUUUCAGGAGGCACUAUGAAGAGAAACGGAGAAGGAGGGGGGAAGGAUAGCGUGACUCAGUCGUCUGACUCGUCCCUGCCUGAUUGCUCCACAGCUACGUCUGUCCUCAGUCAGCCUUGGGGAGCCAGAAGUCCAACUGGGGCCACAGCUGAGGAACGAGCAGGUGAAGAGAGAGGAUCUUUGGCUGCAGUGAGGAGCUCUUUAGUUCUUGGUGGGGGAAGCAGCGAUCACCAAGCUGGCGUGUCUUUGACCACAGCCACGAGUUCAUUCAACAAGCCAAAGAGGAAGCCUGCUCCGAGUAAGCCAGGCUCGGCUUGCUCAGCCACCCUCGAAAAACACCCCACCUCUUCCCCUCGUCCUCCCUCAUCAUCCUCCACGCCUGCUGCCUCUGCGUCCCUCCUCCCGCCCUCCACCCCUCUGGAGACCCUCAACACCAACCGCAACAACUCCACCUCUCUCAUCCAAACCCCAUCUCCAUUUAUCCCGUCUCCUUUCCUAAGCCCCACGCCGAGCCCCACCCCCUCCCUCCGAUACAGGGAAACGCCUAUCCUGCGCCGAGCUCCUCGCCCCGCCACCUCCUUUGUCAAGUACCAGACUCUGCCUGUUGAGGAGGGAGGGAGGAGCAGAGCGCGGAGAAGGUACUCCCUCAGUGAAGGAGGUGGAAAGACUCACCUAUUGCAUCAAGGAGGAGGAGGUGGACCCAAAAUAGGGCGUAUAAUCCGGGACAAAAGGAGCCAAUCAAUGAGCGGGAUGCUCCUCCCUAAAGACGGGGAGGGGGACUUGGAUAAAGGGAGGUAUGAAUCCGACUGGAUCUUAGAAAGCACAGUUUGAGCGAGAUGCUGACCAUAAGACAAAUGUUGGUUUAUACGUCAUUGUUUGUUGCGUGUCCGU